AUGGAGCGAAAAGGAUUCUCCUUUAAGAAGAAUCUGGAAGCAGGACCUGAAGCAUCAGAACCUCUAAAACAGACAGUGCAUGGCUGCAUUGUUGAUGCAAACUUGAGUGUGUUGAACUUGGUUAUUGUCAGAAAAGGUGAGAAAGACAUCCCUGGCCUUACAGACAAAACAGUUCCCCGUCGUCUAGGUCCCAAAAGGGCCAGCAGGAUCCGCAAGCUCUUCAAUCUCUCAAAAGAAGAUGAUGUUCGUCAGUAUGUGGUUAGAAAACCACUGAAAAAGGAUGGGAAGAAGCCCAGGACCAAGGCCCCCAAGAUCCAGCGUCUUGUAACCCCUAGAGUGCUGCAGCACAAGCGCAGACGCAUUGCUCUGAAGAAGCAGCGUACACAGAAGAACAAGGAGGAAGCAUCUGACUAUGCCAAACUCUUGGCUAAAAGAACAAAGGAAGCUAAGGAGAAACGCCAGGAGCAGAUUGCCAAGAGACGUAGACUGUCUUCACUUAGAGCCUCCACAUCCAAAUCUGAAUCCAGCCAGAAGUAAAGCCACAUGGUGUAAAAAGAUAAAUCUUGUAAACUAUUAAAA